GCAAUAGAAAAAGAGGCCUCCCUGCAAUUGCAUGCCCACUUCUUUGUGCAUGAAUGAAGGCUUUGUACAAUAAACCAUAUAAAAAAAGUAAGGUUAUGGUAGACAAGUGUAGCUUUUGUAAUAGCCAAGAGUAUUUGUGUUGGGACAAAGUUGGCAACUCCAAACUACAACUCAUUUGAUUUAUGAGCAUUUAGUUUAAGCUCUCUUUCACCGCGCAAAUCACUCAUGUGCUGUGGACAAAAGCUUUUGCUUUUGCUUUUCCUAUUUCCCCAUAUAUACGCAUUACGCGUUCAUGCAAUUCUCUCCUGCCACACUCACUCACACAACUCUUCACAAAGAUGAAGAACAAGGCGUCCCUUCUGUUGAAGAAAAUCACUUCCAUUUUGGGUGCCAUAGCUAAGGCCAAGUCCAUGGCCAUCAACUCCAAAUUCAGCCCCACCAAACCUCGUCUCCUCAUGCUCUCCAUGCUCAAGACCAAAAAACUUCUCGUCACUUCCCUCUCUAACAAGAUCCACACCAUUCUCGGCCAACACCACGGCGACCGCGACGACGACGACACCCAAGACAACCACAGCAUGGCCAUUGUCCUCUAUGACGCCGCUGCCGCACACGCAAGCCAGUAUCAAUCCAGUGCGAGCUUGACGAUGGCAGCCAAGGCUGAGGAAGAGGAUGAUGACAAGUAUCCUGACCUGACACACUCUCUGUUCGACGAAGAGGAUGACUAUGACAUCGACGAUGCGAAGCUGCAGGCUGCCGGUGGCUCGAUUAUCGACAUGAUGAGGAACUCCAAGGAAGAAGGAGAGGAGUUCAAGCUGGAGGAAGAGAUCGAUGAGGCGGCAGACUUGUUCAUAAAGAGGUUCCGGAAACAAAUACGCAUGCAAAAGCUUGAAUCUUUCAAGAGGCUUCAAGAGAUGCUGGCAAGAGGAACUUGAUUUCAUUAUAUUAAUUCAAAUAUAUAUUAUAACCUUAAUUUAUAGUUAUAAUCUCAGCUAUUUCCUCUUGUUUCCAAACACCAUUUAUUUAUGUACUCAACCAUGGUCUUAUGAUUAAUAUAAUGGAAGUUUUUAAGAGGCA